GGAGGCGGACUAGUUACUUGCGGCGCCCAGGAGGAACAGCAGCUGCCCCACGAGAGCCGCAGAGGAAGCCCGCCCGAUUGCAAGAUGCCGAAAACGAUCAAUGUGCGAGUUACCACCAUGGAUGCGGAGCUGGAAUUUGCCAUCCAGCCCAACACAACAGGGAAGCAACUGUUUGACCAGGUUGUAAAAACAAUAGGCCUGAGAGAAGUUUGGUUCUUUGGACUUCAAUACCAGGAUACCAAGGGCUUCUCAACAUGGCUGAAACUAAACAAAAAGGUGACAGCUCAGGAUGUGCGCAAGGAGAGCCCUCUGCUUUUCAAAUUCCGUGCCAAAUUCUACCCUGAGGAUGUGGCGGAGGAGCUGAUUCAGGAUAUCACGCAGCGCCUGUUCUUCCUCCAAGUGAAGGAGGGCAUCUUGAACGAUGAUAUCUACUGCCCCCCAGAGACUGCCGUCCUCCUGGCUUCUUACGCUGUCCAAUCCAAAUAUGGCGACUUCAAUAAAGAGGUGCAUAAACCGGGCUACCUUGCUGGUGACAAACUCCUUCCUCAAAGAGUUUUGGAACAACACAAACUCAAUAAGGAUCAGUGGGAAGAAAGGAUCCAGGUGUGGCAUGAAGAACAUCGGGGAAUGCUCAGAGAAGAUGCUGUCUUGGAAUAUUUGAAAAUUGCACAAGAUCUGGAGAUGUACGGUGUGAACUACUUCAGUAUUAAGAAUAAGAAGGGUUCAGAACUCUGGUUGGGAGUGGAUGCCCUUGGACUCAACAUUUAUGAGCAGAAUGACCGGUUAACACCAAAAAUUGGAUUUCCGUGGAGUGAGAUCAGAAAUAUUUCAUUCAAUGAUAAGAAGUUUGUUAUCAAGCCAAUUGACAAGAAAGCACCAGAUUUUGUAUUCUAUGCCCCUCGGCUAAGGAUUAACAAGCGUAUCCUAGCUCUCUGCAUGGGGAACCAUGAGCUCUACAUGCGUCGGCGUAAGCCAGACACGAUUGAGGUGCAGCAGAUGAAGGCCCAAGCUCGGGAGGAGAAACAUCAGAAACAGAUGGAGAGAGCUUUGUUGGAGAAUGAGAAGAAAAAGAGGGAGCUGGCAGAGAAGGAGAAAGAAAAGAUUGAGCGUGAGAAAGAGGAACUCAUGGAACGGCUCAGGCAAAUUGAAGAACAAACCAAGAAAGCUCAGCUAGAACUGGAAGAGCAGACCCGCAGGGCGCUCGAGUUGGAGCAGGAAAGGAAACGAUCUCAGGAAGAAGCGGAGAAGCUGGCGAAGGAGCGGCAGGAAGCAGAGGAGGCCAAAGAGGCCUUGCUGAAGGCAUCACACGAUCAGAAGAAGACCCAGGAACAACUGGCUGCCGAAAUGAUGGAACUCACGACCAGGAUCUCGCAGCUGGAAAUGGCUCGGCAGAAGAAGGAGAGUGAGGCCAUGCAGUGGCAGCACAAAGCCCAAAUGGUUCAAGAAGACCUAGAAAAGACUAAAGAGGAACUGAAGUCAGCCACAAGCACUCCACACGUCCCUGAGCCCAUGCAGUCUGAGAACGAACAUGACGAUGAGCAGGAUGAGAAUGCUGCAGAGGCCAGUGCUGAGCUGAGGGCACACGCCUCCACCAAAGACCGCAGUGAAGAACAGCGUACCACAGAGGCAGAGAAGAACGAGCGGGUCCAGAAACACUUGAAGGCUCUUACGUCGGAACUGGCCAACGCUCGAGAUGAGACCAAGAAGACAGCUAAUGACAUGAUCCAUGCCGAGAACAUGAGGCAGGGCCGCGACAAGUACAAGACCCUCCGCCAGAUCCGGCAGGGCAACACCAAGCAGCGUAUCGAUGAAUUUGAGUCCAUGUAGCCAUGCCUGUGCCUGCCGUCCCCGCGCUCUCCCUUCUGCCCGCCGUCCCCCCCUUUUCUCUGCGUGAUGCUGGAGCCACUGCAGACGAGCGACCGUGGUUUGUCUUAGAGUGCUGUACAGAAGCUGCCCUUCAGUGUAGGACCA